AUGGAUGACGGCACCGAUGCUGGCUCUGGCUCUGCUGCAGCGUCGCCUGCGCGGCCCAGGAAGAAGAGGGCGACGGCCACCCGCAAGUCGCUGACCUGCGAGCACUGCAACCGGCCCUUUGCCCGUCUCGAGCAUCUCCAACGGCAUCUCCGCACCCACACAAAGGAGAAGCCGUUUACCUGUGACAUAUGCUUCAAGUCGUUUGCGCGGAGUGACCUGCUUGUCCGCCAUGAGCGCCUGGUGCAUCCGGCAGAGGCGAGUGCGGCCGGCAGGGGAGAGAAGCGAGCGGCCGCGCCCUCUACCGCCGCCGUGGACGCUGCUGCUGCCGUGGUGGCUGCCGUGCCCUUGCUGCCACAGCCGCAGCCGCCCUUACAGGUUCCGGCCGUGGGAGCUGAUAUAGGGGCAGACCACACGCAGCUGAACCCGUCCUGGGGUUACGACCUGAACCUGCUCUCCCACGCUGCCAGCCAUGUUGCUCUCGAGGGCCAGGGCCAAGCUCAGGCCCAGGCCCAGGCUCAGCAAAGUCACAGCCACGGCCAUGGCCAGGAUCUAGGUCAGCCGGCUAGGAAACCAGCUCCAGUGUACGAGCGGCCCAUCUCAGAGAACUACGGCGUCGAGCCGUCAAUCAUCGAUUUGGCUGAUCUGGGAGAUCCGGUGCAGGACUUUACCACCUUUCUCGAGAGUGUCGGGCUAUCCUCCGACUGGGACUCGGGCCUGUUCAACUCGGUGGAGACGGAGCAGCAGCAGCAGCUGUUAUCAAACCCACUGCCGACACUAGAUACCAAACAGCAGCCGUUUGCCAGUUCCAGGUUUGGCCAGGAUAUAGACUCGCGGAAUAACAACGCUGCCACGGCAGAUGAAGCCCCUUCUUUUUCAAACUUCGGAUCCAGGUUGCCCUCUCUACAGCCGGAAGCUCAGGAUUCGGAUGCCGGUGGUGCCUCUGAGCACAACUCACAGCCGAGGCCGGCAUGGGACAUAUCGACCCAGGAACACCAGUUGUUCACCGCUCGGCUGGAAGACUUUGCUCAUGUAUUAUCAAAGGGGUUUGCGCGGCCUUCCAGACAUGCCUUGUCCCGCUACAUGGCUGGCUAUAUCAGUGGUCUCAACGAGCAUCUUCCAUUUAUUCACGUCCCUACUCUCUCGAUAGCCAGAUGUCCGCCAGAGCUGACCCUCGCACUGGCUGCCGCAGGCUCCCAUUACAGGUUUGAAAACAACAGAGGUAUAGAGCUCUUCCACGCUGCAAAGGCCAUCUUGCUUGAACGGCUCCGGCGUCGGGAUUCAAGGCGUGUCCCUCAACCGCACUGGGGGAUAGCACCGCCUCCCAACUCGGUCAUGCAAAAUACCCCGCGAGCGUCGUCUUCAGUCUCGAACCCGGGAAGCAGUCCGUUCCCGCAGCAGUUCAUGCAGAUCAUGGACAACACUUCGUUACCGGGCGAGGACGCCGAAGCACAAAUGGAGAUCAUACGCACGUUCCUCUUACUCACCAUAUUCGCCUCCUGGGAGAGCCAUCCGGAUAUACUGCGAGACAUGCUGGCCCUGCAGAGCACGCUGGCCCGACUUGUGCGGGACCAUGGCCUCAACGAGCAGCCGGCUUCCGUCUCACCAGAGACACUCUCAUGGGCAGACUGGUCCAGGCAGGAGGCUGAUAGGCGCACCAAACUUGUCGUCUACUGCUUCUUCAACCUCCAUUCCAUAAUGUAUAAUAUACCCCCUUUAAUCCUCAACUCUGAGCUGAACCUCAACAUGCCCGCGUCUGCCGAUGAAUGGAAGGCCACGACGUCUGGCCAGUGGCGCCGUGUACACCGUCCCCGCACGGCAUCAGACAACACCCCUUCUUCGUUCCAGGAAGUCCUAGCAAAACUAUUCACAAAGGGGUCCAUUGCAGCCACAACCACGCCAUCCAUCCCCGUAUCUCCACUGGGUAACUACGUCCUCAUCCACGCCAUCAUCCAACAGAUCUUCUUUGCACGACAGCUCUGCCUCUCCGCCCCAUCAAUGCCAGGAACCAGCCUCCGGCCCGACGACCUGGCCGUGAUGGGCAACUCCCUCAGUGCCUGGAAACGCGGAUGGCGCCAAACACCGGAGUCCAGCAUCGAUCCCCAGAAUCCCGCGGGGCCCAUUGCAUUCACAUCCACCGCCCUGCUAGGACUAGCAUAUAUACGCCUCCAUUUAGACCUCGGACCAUGUCGACGACUCGUCUCCCAGGAUCCCGUACAGAUAGCCCAGGCACUCAACGACUCCCCACCGCUCGUACGCAGUUCACGCCUGAUAAUGGCUCUCCUCCACUCGGCGCACGCCCUAUCCAUCCCCGUCCGUCUAGGCAUCGACUUCGUAGCCCGCACCCACUCCUUCUUCUGGUCCAUUCAACACUCAAUAUGCAGUUUGGAAUGCGCUUUCUUGCUCUCUCGCUGGCUGCUGUCUAUACCCGGCACCCAACAUGAUCAGCAGCUAUCAGAACAUGAACGCAAGCUCCUACUAUGGGUAAAGAGCAUGAUGGAUGAAACUGACAUGUCUGCAUCGAUCAGCGCGGCUACAGAGGCUGAUCUAAUUAAUGAUCCGGCCAUGAUGAGGCAACUUAGCGUUGCCGUUGUGCGUGUCUGGUCGAGGACGUUCAAGGGGAACACGAGCUGGCCUAUCGUCGACCUUAUAGGCGCCAGCUUAGAGAUAUAUGCCGAUUUGCUUGACGUAUGA